AUGGGCUCUCUCAUCCCAAUUCUAGACCUCAAUAACCUCCCAGAAUCAACCGCAGGCUCAACCCCAACCAACACCACCCCCAUCGCCAUGAAAGUCCCGAAAAUCGAACCCAAGCUCGAACCUUUCGACGAGCCACUCGAUACCCAACUGCCCCAACUACCCCAAGAACCCUUCGUUCCCACUCCUACCCCCAACUCUUUCGGUAAUUCCCAAUUGACCCCUUUCUCCGACCCCAACCACACCCCUCUAUCUGAAUCCUCCACCAUACCCUCAGACCAAGACAAUGUGUACUCGGAGUUCCAUCGGAUUUCCGAGCUUUUCCGAACAGCUUUUGCAAAAGGGCUCCAGCGUUUCGGUGACGUCGACGUUUUGGACCCGGAUUCGCGAGCAAUUGUCCCCGUUUCUCAAGAACAACAGCUCCAAGAGGUCGUCGUUGCGCGAAGAAAAUACCCCCAGCGGUCCUCUGAGCUCGUCCGGGUCACCGAUCUCAACGUUGAGGACCAGCGCUACUUCCGAGACGUAGUGCGAAAAACCCGAAUGCUAUACGAUUCGAUUCGCAUUCUGUCAGUGGCGGAAGAGGAGAAGAGGGCCCCGGGGCUCGGGAGACGAGCCCGAGGUGAUUUGCGAGCCGCUUCGGUGCUCAGGGAUCGUGGGUUGUGGCUCAAUCGCGACAAAAGAAUCGUUGGUUCGAUUCCUGGGGUCUAUGUUGGCGAUAUCUUCUUUUUUCGGAUGGAGUUGUGUGUGGUUGGAUUACAUGGCCAAGUCCAAGCUGGGAUUGACUAUCUUCCGGCGAGCCAGAGCUCGAACCAUGAGCCAAUUGCAACCAGCAUUAUCGUUUCGGGUGGCUAUGAAGAUGAUGAGGAUGCGGGUGAUGUGAUUAUCUACACUGGUCAUGGAGGGCAGGACAAGUUUAAUAGGCAAUGUGCUCAUCAGAAGCUGGAAGGUGGGAAUUUGGCAUUGGAGAGAAGCAUGCAUUAUGGGAUUGAAGUGAGAGUUAUCAGAGGGAUCAAAUGUCAAGGCAGUGUUUCAAGUAAGCUUUAUGUCUAUGAUGGCUUGUAUAGAAUUUUUGAUUGUUGGUUUGAUGUGGGCAAGUCUGGCUUUGGUGUUUAUAAGUAUAAGAUUUUGAGAAUGGAAGGGCAAGGGGAGAUGGGUAGCGCCGUCCUUAAGUUUGCCGAGAGUCUUAGGACUAGGCCCUUGUCUGUGAGGCAGUCGGGUUAUCUUAGUUUGGAUAUUUCUAAUAAGAAGGAGAAUGUUCCAAUUUUCCUUUUCAAUGACAUUGAUUCUGACCAGGAUCCCUUGUACUAUGAUUAUCUUGUGACAACUGUGUUUCCAACGCAAGUAUUUCAUCAGUCUGGGCAGGGGACUGGGUGCGAUUGUGUUGAUGGUUGUUCUGGUAAUUGCUUUUGUGCUAUGAAAAAUGGAGGCGAGUUUGCUUAUGAUCAGAAUGGGUUUCUAUUAAGAGGCAAGCCUGUGGUUUUUGAAUGUGGGACCUUCUGCCGUUGCCCCCCACACUGUCAGAAUCGUGUCACACAAAAAGGGUUGAGAAAUAGACUGGAAGUGUUUAGAUCAAGGGAAACAGGUUGGGGAGUUAGGUCCUUGGACUUGAUACAUGCUGGUGCCUUUAUAUGUGAGUAUACAGGGGUUAUUCUCACUAGAGAAAUGGCUCAAGUUUUUGCAAUGAAUGGUGAUAGCUUGGUUUAUCCACAUCGGUUUUCUGAUAGAUGGACAGAGUGGGGAGAUUUAUCUCAGAUAUAUCCUGAUUAUGUGCGUCCAUCUUAUCCUUCAAUCCCACCAUUGGAUUUUGCAAUGGAUGUAUCGAAAAUGAGAAAUGUUGCUUGUUACAUGAGCCACAGUUCCACUCCAAAUGUGCUGGUGCAAUUUGUACUGUAUGAUCACAAUAAUCUAAUGUUUCCUCAUAUUAUGCUAUUCGCAAUGGAGAACAUCCCUCCCAUGAGAGAGCUGAGCCUUGACUAUGGGGUGGCUGAUGAAUGGACGGGGAAACUUGCUAUCUGUAACUAA